UUUACAUUGCAACUCGUCUGAGGAAACGUCAUGCCUUGUACUUGCUGGAUAGGAGGCAGCUUUGGAUCAGUGCCUGAUGGUGCUGUUCGUGCAGGUCGUGACAAAGAUGGAGGGGCUCUCUUCGUCGGACGGGCUUACUUUGAGACCGACAUUCUUCCUGCCAAAAUAGUUCCAAACCAUGGGGCCGCAUACGUCUCCUUCGACGGACAAGAACAUCAAGUCAUGCAUUACGAGGUGCUGUGCGGUGGAGAGGCCAUGUGGCAGGUUGCGAGUGACGGUCAGGUUCCGACCAACGCCUUCCCUGUAGGAUCUACUAGGGACGGAGAGAGGCUUUAUGUAGGCCGUGUCUUUCACGACGGCACCAUCACUCCAGGAAAGGUGCAUCCCAGUCAUGGAGUUUGCUACAUUCCGUAUGACGGACUGGAGAUACAAUUCAAAGAAUACGAAGUGCUCAUUAUGAAGUGAUUAGUUUCCCAUUCCAUCAUCAAUAUUGCCGUUUUGUUUUAAAUAUGUUUAUAACGACUAUACAGACCAAUCUUCAUGAACAUUUCUUCUACAAGAGAAGCCAACGGCUGUAUCUUCGAUAUGAAUUAAACAAAAAGUAUACAAUGUCAAAAGGCUUCGUACUCUUCGACCUUAAAUAAAUGAGAAGGAAAAAAAAUUAAUGUGCAGUGACCAUUUAUGAUGUUACAAGCUUACGCACUCCGGAAGUAAAAGCACUUAGAGGAAACUACAGGGUGAACCUCAAGC